UCUUCUUUUACCAAAAUGGUGACUUUCUUGGGAGUUUUGAUAAGCCUACUACUAUGUUCUAUAGUCCUCUUAGCUCUAUUCAAAUUCUUCCACAAAUUUUGGUGGGUUCCGAUGCGCAUAACGCGUGUAAUGAACUCACAAGGAAUACGCGGACCUCCUUACAGUUUCAUCUACGGCAACACCAAGGAAAUUUCCAACAUGAUAAAGAGAUCGACGAGUGUUCCCAUGGACAUAUCACACGACAUAUUCCCGCGAAUUCAACCUCACUUUGAUUCAUGGUUGCACAUAUACGGGAAGAACGUUCUAUAUUGGCAAGGUCCUCAACCCGAAUUAGUUGUCACAGAGCCAGAGCUCCUCAAACAGUUAAUGAGUGUUCGAGAGCUUUCGACGACGAGGGUACAAGGCGUGGGACCUGUUUUCGACAAGAUAUUUGGAGGUGGUCUAAUUUUCUCUCAAGGUGAAAAAUGGGCGAAACAACGAAAAUUAGCAGCUCACGCUUUCAAUGGUGACCGGUUGAAAAACAUGGUUCCAGCAAUGGUUGAAAGCGUUGACACAAUGCUAAAACGUUGGAAAGACGCUGGAACCAAGGAGAAAGAUGUCCAUGAAGAGUUCAGAACAAUGACAUCUGAAGUCAUCGCAAAGAUCGUGUUCGGAAGUAGCUAUGAGAAGGGGAAGCAAAUUUUUGAGAAGCAGGGAGAGUUAUUUCGGUUGGGUGCCAAACAGUUGUCCAAAACUAGGCUUCCUGGCUUCGGGAUGAUAUUCAAAGAUAAAGAGAAUUUAGAAACCGACAAACUGUUAGCCGGCAUUCAAGAUAUCAUUACAAAGAUAAUAAGAAACAGAGAUUAUACGAUAGUUUCAGAAGACGAAGACAACUCCACGACUGAUUACCUUGGAAUACUUUUGAAUGCGCGCCAUGAUGCCAACGACAAUUACAAGCUCGCCAUACAGGAUAUUAUCGACGAGUGCAGAACUUUUUACAUUGCCGGCCAUGGGACGAUCUCUCUUUUGCUGACAUGGGCUACUCUUCUUCUCGGAAUCCACACCGAAUGGCAAGAGAAAGCACGCAAGGAGGUUCAAGAAGUAUUUGGCAAUCACAACCCAUCUUCAGAAGGAAUAGCAAGACUCAAGAAAAUGAGCAUGAUAAUCAAUGAGACGCUACGUCUGUACCCUCCUGCAAUAUCCACUGGCCGAAAAGUUUAUAAGGAAACGCGCGUAGGAGAUCUGGUUCUUCCAGCAAACUUAAGUUUGCAAAUACCAUUUUUACCAUUGCAUCAAGACCGCGAAAUAUGGGGUGAAGAUGCUCAUCUCUUCAAACCGGAAAGAUUUUCUGAAGGGGUUGCCAAUGCGGUUAACAGCAAUCCAGGAGCAUUCAUCCCUUUUGGUUAUGGACCGCGAAUCUGUGUAGGCAACAAUUUCGGGAUAAAUGAAGCAAAAAUAACGCUCUCGAUGAUCUUACAACGUUACAGAUUCACUCUGUCCCCAAACUAUGUCCAUGCACCGGUACAUUAUAUCUCGCUUCGCCCAAAGUCUGGUGUUCAGAUAAUAUUUCAAGCUCUUUAAAGCUCUGUUUCUUGUGGCUUGUGUACACUUAAUAAAUUGUAUGUGUUGCUUAGAAAAUGAUUGGUGUGUCUAUCUAAAGUUCUAAACAAUAUGAUGUGCUAGUGUAGGUGUUAUUGGGUCAAA